CGUUGCUGUGUUCCCAAUUGCAAGGGAAAUUAUGAUAGUACCUUAAAAGAUAAUAAUUACAAUUCUAUAUUUUUAAUCCCCAAAGAUGAGGAAUUGCGGGAGAAAUGGAGGGUUGCUAUUCCUCGUAAGAAUUGGACACCAUCAAAAUAUUCUGCCGUCUGUAGUUUGCAUUUUGCAGAAACUGAUAUCGAAAGGUACCACGGUAUUCUAUCGCCCAAUUCAAAUGUAUAGUCCACUGAAAAGUCUACAAACUUUAGCUGCUGAUUCUGAUCUCACGCUUACUCAAAUUUCUCAAUUAACUGGCCAUUUAGUAUAUUGGGCUAAAGCUACUAUAAUUUAUCCUGUUUGUGAAAGCAAUGUUUAUGUUGUAUCACCAGAUGCUGUAAUAACAAAUCAAUUAUUAGAAGCAUUUUCCGAAGAAUUUCCAGGACUUUGUCUUUUACAGGUGAUCAGCGACUUUUCAUUACCGACUUCGAUAAGUCAAAAAUUAAAUCCUUUAAAUCAAUCGCAACAGCAAACGCAAUUAGUGAAAAUAGUCAUAUGGUUAUUAAAAAAUCAUUUACUCUUACAAUUACAUACAUAUGUACAAUAUAUGCCAACUGUGCAUGGUCGAACACCAUUGGAUAUGAAGAAUGAAAUGAAUCAUAACUUAAAUGAGAUCACAGAAAGUGGAAACACGUGGAAUUUGAACGAUGCUUCAAAAGGAAUUCCAACUGAUAUAAAGGAAGAGUUAUCGAUGAAUCUCCACAAAGAAAAUGGAAUAUAUAAUUAUCAGUCAGAAGAUUAUGAUAUUCCAUCCGAUGAUAGAAAAUUGCUUGACAGAUUAUGUCGUUUAGAUUAUUUUAAUGGAGGGCAUCACUUAGAAGAAAUAAUGUAUUUAGAAAAUAUUCGCAGGUCUCAAUUACUACAAAUUUUAGAUAAAUUUCGAGAUGUAUUGAUCACGUGCGAAUGCGAAGACCCUGCCAUAGCCCUAUUUUAUAGUCAAUUUGAUUCUUAA